AUGAACUAUAAUAAAAUUUCACUUUAUAUAAUAAUUUUUUGUUUUUCCUUAUCCUUUUUUCACACAUUUAUUGUUAUAAAAAAGUUUAAUAUAUAUUCUAAACAUCUAUUUCCUCAGACCUAUAACACAUACACACAUAAUAUAUCGAAAAAGAAAAAAAAAAAAUGUACAUAUAAUAUUAAUUAUUAUUAUUAUUCUUCCUUACCGUAUGUAGAGGAUUUUAAUAUUGCAAGGGACAAAAAAUGUGCCUUCUCAAUAUAUUAUAUGAACCAUAAAAGUGAACAAAAAAAUGAUCAAAAAAAUGAUCAAAUAAAUGAACAAAAAAAUGAACAAAUAAAUGAACAAAUAAAUGAACAAACAAAUGAACAAAUAAAUGAUCAAACAAAUGAACAAAUAAAUGAACAAAUAAAUAACAAUGUGUCGAAUAUAACCAAUGUUGACCAUAUAAGAGAAAACCAAGAUCAUAACAUAUUUAGAGAUUGUAAUAAAAUGAUAGAGCCAAAAAAAAAAAAAAAAAAAAAUAUUAAAAUGAAUAAAAUAAGAAUAAAAGUAAUGAAAGAAAAUAAAAUGAAAAAUAAAAAAUUGAUGAAAAAAAAAAAUACAUUUAAUAUAAAUCAAUAUAGUACAUCAAAUGGUAACAAUAUGAUCAAGGAGGGAAAAAAAGAACAAAAACAAUAUGAUGAUGAAAAAGGUCAAGAUGAUGAUGAUGAAAAAGGUCAAGAUGAUGAUGAUGAAAAAGGUCAAGAUGAUGAUGAUGACGAAAAAGGUCAAGAUGAUGAUGAUGAUGAAAAAGGUCAUGAUGAUGACGACGAAAAAGUUCAUGAUGAUGAUGACGAAAAAGGUCAUGAUGAUGAUAACGAUAACCAUAACGAUAAUUAUUAUGAUCAAAAUGAAUUUAUUCACAUUUCAUCUAAUAAGGAUUCUAAACAAACACUUAUUUCAAACGCACAACAAAUAAAUGAUAAUUACAUUUAUGAUAAAGAAAAAAGGUCCUCAAAUGUAUAUAUCGCUAAUAAUAUAAUACAAAACAAGAGUAAUAAGGAAGAUAUUCAAAUUGAUGAUGUACAGACUGAAGAAAAUAAAAAGAAUAAAAAAAAGAAAGAUGUUGAAUUAAAUAUAAUCAGGAAUUUACCAUUAAUAUCAAUUAUUGGUAGACCUAAUGUUGGUAAGUCUACCAUUUUUAAUCGACUAACGCGAAAAUAUCAAGAUGGUAGUAUUGUUUUAGAUGUUAGUAGUACGAGAGAUAAACUUUAUGGAGAAGUUGAGUGGGAAGGAUAUAAAUUUGAACUUGUAGAUACAGGAGGUUUAGUUUUUGAAGAAGAAAAGUUUUCAAAAGAAAUAAAGGAUCAAAUUCUUAUGGCUCUAAAAGAAUCAUCAGUUGUUAUUUUUGUCGUUGAUGGUAUACAUGGUGUGGACCCACGAGAUAUCGAAAUUUGUCGUUUUUUAAGAAAAUAUAUACUUUUGAAACAUCCACAAGGAGAAAAUAUAAAUAAAAAGGAACAACAAAUGGUAAAUUCAACUGCACAGGUUAAUACACAUAUAAAAGAGUUACAUAAUAAUAAUAAUAAUAAUAAUAAUAAAGAAGAAGAAAUAGAAAGAUAUGACACAAUUAAUCAGUGUCAUACAAAGAAUAGUAUAAAGAAAGAAACAUCUAAUAGUACACAUAAGAAUGUUAAGAUUUAUCCUAAAGAUGAGUAUAAGAAAUUACCUCUAAAAGUUAUAUUAUGUGUUAAUAAAUGUGAAUCUUAUAAAGAUGGUUUUUAUAAAGCACAAGAAUUUUGGUCCCUUGGAUUUGGUAACCCUUUUCCAUGUAGUGGGAUCCAUGGAAAUGGUCUUUCAGAAAUUCUAGAUGAAUGUAUUAAACAUAUAGAGAAAAUAAAAAUAAAUGAAGAACAUGAUGAUAUAAAUGAAGAAAAUACUAUAAAUAUUAGUUUUAUAGGCAAACCGAAUACGGGCAAAUCAAGUAUAUUAAACAAAAUAUUAAAUUGUAAUCGUUUUAUCGUUUCUCCAUUAGCUGGGACAACCGUAGAUUCUAUUGAUGUUCUUGUAAAAUUAAAACAAAGUGAUCGUAUAUAUCGACUUAUUGAUACGGCAGGAAUACAGAAAAGAAAAAAAAAUGUACCAUUUAAUAAUAAAACUAAAUAUGAAUAUCUAUUAUAUAAUCGAACAGAAAAAGCUAUAAAAAGAAGUGAUGUAUGUAUUCUUGUAAUAGAUUCAUUUAAUGGUAUUAGUACUCAAGAUAUAAAUAUUGCUAGAAAAAUUGUACAAGAAAAUAAAAGUUGUAUUAUUUGUUGUAAUAAAUGGGAUCUCAUAUAUAAUAAAAAUGAUAUUUUUAAUGAUACCAAAAAUUAUGUUCUAAAUCUACUAAAACCUAUAGACUUUUCUAAUAUAAUCUUCAUUUCGGCUAAAACCUCACAAAGGUUAUUAAACAUAUUUCAUCUUGCUGAAGAAACAUAUAAAAAUUAUACAAAACGUGUUAAUACUAAUACUCUUAAUGAAAUCAUAAAAGAAGCAUUACUCCUAAGACCACCCAUACCUAUUAAAAAUAAAUCAUUAAAUAUAUAUUAUGCUUUCCAGUCAAAUAUUAAACCACCAAGUUUUAUCUUCUUCUGUAAUUCAGAAAAAUCAGUAUACGCUAACUAUACAAAAUAUUUAGAAAAUAAAAUACGAGAAGCAUUCGACAUUAAAGGUACACCUAUCAAAAUUUAUUACAAACAAAAAAAAUUAAGAAAAAUUAUUAACAAAGAUAAAACACCUGACAAAUAUAAUCUCGACAUACAUGCCAUUCAAAAAAAUUUUGAAAAAAUCCAAUCUAUAAGAAAAACAUGA